CGACAACUGAACGGGCGGCCGCAUAGACACAUCGCCACAUCAGCCAUCCACUCAACCAGCUCUUAACCGCAGGCCGGGAGUCAGACCCCGGGAGAAAGAGACACCUUCCAGACGACUCCUGUGGCAAGCUCGAGUCAUGUCGAAGCGGAGCUGGGUCGGAACGAUGCUCGGCUCGGCGGCGUCCCCACGUGUGCGCCGACUCGCCAACACGUGCGCGUCCGCCUACUUCGUGGUGUCGUCCUCGUCGCUGGCGUUGCUCACGCUCCUCCUCACGGUGCCGCACAACUGGAGCGGGCCCCUCCGCGUGGCUCUCACCGCCGUCGGCCUCUACAUGUGGCUCAACGUGGUCGCCAAUUACGCGCUCUGCGCAUUGAGGGGAGCCCCCGCAGCACCUCCAGCAUCAGAGCGAGGUCACCACCACCAGCACAACCGCCACGAGCACCUCCUGGAGAUCACCGGCGACCACGACGGAGGGGACGAGGCCCGCCCGAUGUGCGUGCCGUGCGGCCGCCCCGUGCCCCCGCGGGCCCACCACUGCUCCGUGUGCAACGCGUGCAUCCUCAAGCGCGACCACCACUGCUUCUUCGUGGGCCGCUGCGUGGGCCACAGCAACCAGCGCAACUUCAUCGUCCUGCUCUUCUGGACCGCGUGGGGCAACGCGUUCAUCCUCGCCAAUCUCCUGGCCUACAUGAGCGACGUGCUGCCUGGCCCGCUGCUGUCCCGGCAGGGCCUGCGCUACCUGCUGCCCCUGGCCACGGUGCAGGCGGCCACGGGUGACAUGGACCUGGUGGCCUACGCGCUCACGUUGGCCGCGCACCUCUCGCUGGGCAAAUGCCUGGGCUGCGCGGCAAUGUACGCGUGGCACUUCACGAUCGCGGGAGAGGGGCAGACGUCGUACGAGGCCAUUCACGAGAUGCGCGACUACGACUGCGGGCUGUUUGUCAAUCUGCGCCAAGUGUUCGGCAACUACUGGGCGCUCAACUACCUGCUGCCGAUGCCCACGGCGAUACCGGGCGACGGGCGCAGCUGGGAGAGGCCCUCUAAGUACGACAAGGGGCUGUAGAAGAGACGGGGGGCGGUUAUAACCUUCAUCAAAACAUGCGUACAUGCGAUGUUCGCGCCACUCUUAGAGCACAAGGCUAUCGCGAAGGGUAUCACGAAGGGAGUGCUACGUUUCACAGGCACACUCUGCAGGAGUUUCACAGUCGGGGGCGGGGCGGGCGAUGUUUGCUAUGUUAUCAAAUUGCGUGCGGGUAAUUUUUCAAAUUUCCCAACUGUGAACUGUGACCACGCAAGCACGGAUGGCCCACUCUUUUUCUUUGGUUUUUCCGGUAAAGAGUAUGAAUCCUUGCAGUCACGAAAGCUUCAAAUCUAGAAUUAAGGCCCACUCUUUUUUUUUACUUCACGGAAUUUUUUACGUCCAAUGCAAAUCGGGAAAGCAUAGCAUUUAUGGCCAAUACACCCGCAGUAUUCACCAGGGCGGCCACGCCUCUCGUACCGCAAACCUCUCCGUAACAAGCAGGAGAUGCGCAAUCGAUCGGCCCUGCCACCGCCCCGCAAGUCCGUGCGCGAUUAUGUGGCGACUUGAAUCUGAUAGGACACCGGUAAAGGUGGCCCACACACCGGUAACGAUGGCUCACCGCCCAGGUGACUGCGGCGAGACGCAACGACUGGAGUCCGGGAACGCUUGUGGCCCGAGGCAUAAUGCUGUUUAGUUGUCCCGUUCAUUUAUGAUGGAAAUUGAAAACUACGGGUUGUUAUGCAUCUACAAGACAAAAAACUGUCUUGUAGAUACGUACCAAGGCAGUCGGCACCAUGAUUUAGGGCACGAUUUGUGACAUUUAAUUCAUGAGAAGAAAAAAUACAUUUUAAAGUUAUGGACAAGUGUCAUUGUAGCGUCACUGCAGCGACAGACUUGAUUGUAUGGGGAGUGACGUUGCAGGCAUGAAGUAAUAUCGCAGCACCUACCUUCAACGUAUUCCACCCCCCCUCCAUCCCCACCUAUCUCAUGAACGAAGCCUCAAACCCUCGCCACACAUUCUGGGACCCGCAGCCGAGGUAAAAAAAAUCCACGAAAUAAGAGUCGCGUGCAUUGCACGGUAUCUUUAUUUCACGUUUCAGGAAGGUGGGCGUGUGCUGCUGCCUUUUUGUUUGCAUGUUCAUCACAAGUACUGUGUGCGGUUAAUGCAAAAUAUUCCUAUUUGGUGCUUGAACAUCUUAACACCUGUUUUAGUGCCCUAAAUGGUCAAACCUAUGCUUAUAUUUAGAUCGUGGCAAGAAAGGUCUCAUGAUGCAGCUGCUCAGCCCGAGCUAUAAAUGCCCUGAUAGUGGCAUUGUCUUGGUGGCGUUCUGUGGUCUAACACUGUUCGAGACGAGGUCCUAAACAAGGAUGUCUCUGGUGUGGACCAAUCAUUUCCAAAGACAAUGCAUAUACUACGAGAGCAUGUUUUACUGGUAGGAACCUCCUGGUUACACCAGCCCACAGGGGAUUAUUGUGUCCGUCCGUUGUGCAUCCA